UUUAACCGUUUACUAUUAUAAUAUAGAACCAGUAAAAUGUGACACCGAGAUAAACAUUGACCAAAGUCCACCGUUGUUGAUCACAGACUGCUGUCCAGGACUCUAAAAAAUGCAGAAUAUGAGAGAUACUGGAGGUGCCUUAGGUGUAACAUUAGGGGCUGUGACAGCUGUUACAGCGGCUGCUGCCACUUAUUACAUUGCCACACGACCAGAGCCACUUAUACCACCUACAGAUAUAAAUGACCAGGCUACCAUAUUAGAGGAUGGUUCACGUAUAUCUAAGUUCUGUAGAGAUGGUAAACUGUUAGAAUAUUACUAUGAUGAUGUUAAGACGACAUUUGAAGGAUUUAAACGUGGAUUACAAAUGUCAAACAAUGGUCCAUGCUUAGGAACCAGACCACCAGGGAGCAAUCAGUAUGUCUGGCAGUCAUAUCAGCAGAUUUAUGACAGGGCUCAAGCUUUUGGAUCAGGAUUAAUAGCUGAUGGUUUAGAGGCUAGAAAUGAUACAUUCAUAGGAAUAUACAGCAUAAACAGAGCUGAGUGGGUGAUAACAGACCAAGCUUGUGCCAUGUUCUCUAUGGUGUCAGUUCCAUUAUAUGAUACACUAGGACCUGAUGCAUGCAAAUAUAUUAUUAACCAAAUUGGUAUAUCCCAUGUUGUUGUGGACAAAGAAGACAAAAUUAAACUUUUAUUAGAAAAGGCCAGCAGCAUGCCAACACUAGCAUGCAUCAUUGUAAUGGAAAAUGUCAGUGAAGAAACUAAAUCUCGGGCUGCAAAGAGUAAUGUCAAAAUUGUUAAGUUUUCAUCUGUUGAAGCUGAUGGUAAACAGUCAUUACAGGAACCAGUGCCUCCUAAACCAAAAGAUUUAAUGACAGUAUGUUAUACCAGUGGAACAACAGGUGAUCCUAAAGGUGUAAUGAUCUCCCACAGAAACAUGGUGGCUAACAUGUCAUCUGUUAUUUAUAGUAUAAAGACAGUUACCACGAUAGGACCAGAAGACAGACAUUUAUCCUAUCUGCCAUUAGCUCACAACUUCGAGAGAGGAAUGAAUGUUGUUAUGUAUAUGCAUGGAUGUCAGGUAGGAUUUUCCUGUGGAGAUAUAAGGAAACUUCCAGAAGAUCUACAGAGUCUCAAACCACAAUUCUUCCCUACAGUGCCAAGGUUACUUAACAGAAUUUACGACAAGGUUCUUGCUGCCACUAAAUCAAGUGCUUUAAAACGUUGGUUAUUUAAUUUGGCUCUGUCUGAAAAGAUGAAAGAAAUUCAAAGCUUUAUAAUAAGAAAAGACAGUAUAUGGGAUUACCUUGUGUUUGGUAAGAUACAGAAACAGUUAGGAGGGAAAGUAAGGAUCAUCCUAACAGGGUCAGCACCUAUAGAACCAAAGGUCAUGGACUUUAGCAGGUGUGCAUUUGGUUGUUUGGUAAUGGAAGGUUAUGGACAAACAGAAGCACUGGCUGGGUGUACAAUAACUAUAGCAGGGGAUUACACCACAGGACAUGUAGGAAGUCCAUUACCAGGAUGUAAAGUUAAAGUUGUUGAUGUACCAGACAUGGGGUACUAUGCAAAGGAAGGAAAAGGGGAGGUCUGCGUCUAUGGACCAAAUGUAUUUAGUGGUUACUUCAACAACAAGGAAAAGACGAAGGAAGCAUUAGACAAGGAUGGCUGGUUACAUACAGGAGAUAUUGGUGUCUGGUUACCGAAUGGUACUUUGAAGAUUGUUGACAGAAAGAAAAACAUCUUUAAACUUGCUCAGGGAGAGUAUAUUGCUCCUGAGAAGAUAGAGAUAGCCUAUAUGAGGAGUGAAUAUGUUGCUCAAGUGUUCAUUGAAGGGGAUAGCUUAAAGCCAUUCCUACUGGGUAUUAUAGUACCAGAUGCAGAAACUAUAAUGAAGGUUGCUAAAGAUAAUGGCGUGUCAGAGGAUAUGGAAUUAGUCUGUCAGAGUAAGAAAAUCAAAGACAUCAUUCUAAAAGACAUAAUAGCUGUUGGGAAAAGUUUAGGACUGAAAUCAUUUGAACAGGUUAGAGAUAUUCACCUUCAUCAUGAUUUGUUUUCUGUGGAGAAUAACCUACUUACAUCAACCUUCAAGAAUAAACGACCUCAGCUCAGGCAGUUCUUCAACAGAAAAGUUCAAGAUCUCUAUGCCAAACAUGAGGUAUAGGAUAAACGAAUAGCUGCUGAAAAGACCAUAUAUAUUUUUGUACUGAUUUUAAUACAGGUGUUUGCUACAGUUGUUUGUAGACAUUUAUUGGAUAAUUUGUUGGUUUUUUAUAGAUAUAUUAGCUAUAUAUUAAACUGUGAUAUACUUUUGGGUUGUAAAAUUGUAGGGUUUAUUCAUUCAGUUAGUUUUUUAUUGACAUAUUUCAGGGAUAUUAAAUUAGGAUCAUGACGUCUUACUUUUUAUUCAAAAUGCCAUAUUUUACUAUUUUUGAUUGAUUUUUAUAUUGUUAUAAUCUUUAUGCUCAAUUGUUUGAAAAAUAUAAGAAAUGAAGUAUUUGUGACAAAACUAUAAAUGGAUUCAUCAACAGGGCUAGAAAAGUUUAACUUUAUUUUGUAAUAUGGAUUAAAUAGUUAAAUUUUUAAUAUGCAAACAUAAAGGUAUUUCAAUAAUAUUUUUGUAUUGAUUGAUUGUUGGUUGCUUUACGCCACAUUUUUAAGAAUUUUAAUUUGUAAACAUAAAUAUUUCAAAAUAAUAAUUGUACUUCUGACAAAACUUGGACAAUUUGUGAUGCUGUAGAUUCAUUUGGAUUUGUUUUAUCUUCAUUAGGUCAAAUUUCCACUGAUUGAAGAAAUCUAGUAUUUCAUGGAUAUUUCAUUUAGAGGAUUUGUCAAAAUGCAAAUAUAUUCAUAUAGGAUAUUUGUAAUUCCUUUAAUAUUUAAAUUUGAGAGUACCCGGUACCCACCAAAUUCAUGAAAAUAAACAUCCAUCAUUAAUUAUAAAACCACAGUCAAUGGCAUCCAAAUGACAAUUAAAUAUAUUUUACAGAUGUUAUAUUCCAAUUUUUAAAAUAUUUUUUUAUUUACUGAUCCAAAUUAAAGGUGGAAACCAUUUUAAUACACAUUAUUACAAUUUUUUAUGACAUUUUUUUGUCUCCAUAAACAAUUGUUAAGAAUAAGAUGUUUGUUUUAAAAAUUUAUGAUCAUAUGACUUGUUUCAAUAUGAAAAGGUUUGGAGAUGCAAAAUUUCUUCCAUCAUAAAUUAGCCACAUUUGCCAGUUUUUAUUACAAUUAGUAUAUAUUUAUAUCAUUUAAUUCCUUUGCCAUUUUCUCCACUACCCAUAAUUCCUAGUCCAGUUUCCCAAAGGGUGGUGCUAAGACAUUAUUAAGCAGGGUAAUAGAUUUAUUUAGAUUUUUUUUAAAUAUACAUGUAAUUUACAAAAGCUUUGAAAAAUAUUUGUUUGUCAUUGUACAGUAAGCAAUUUUACAAUGCUGAAU